UUCUAGCAAAUAGGCCUUUUCCCAAUUUUGUUGCAGAGUACAAAAGGUUUUACAAAAACGACAAACUCAGAGCUACUACAAACUCACUGGUAAAGGAGAUAAAAUCAAGUAAGCUAGUGCAACAUCCGAAAUUAUAAGUUGAGCAAAUCAACUAUUGUGUCUAAAAUAUCAUCUACAUCAGGAUCAAAAGCUAGUUUGUACCAAAAAGCAAUCAACAAAAGACAUCUAAAUUAUAGAGCUACUACAAACUCACUGAUUAUCACUUGUGACGGCUGAUAAAGGAGAGAAAAUCAAGAGGUAGUCAAGGAAAACAUCAAAGCCUUGAAGGCUAAAUCUUCUCCAGAUAGCAGUAAUGGUGGAAUGGUGGUGGUCUUUACUAGGAGCUGCUGUGCCAGCUGUAGUGGCAGGGCAAGCUUUCAGGACGAAAAAGAGGAGAGAUGAGGAGGAGAGGUUAAACAGGGCUAGAGGUCGUGAAAAGAACUCUGAUGAUAUCUUUGUUUGUGAAAGAGUGUGUACUUCAAACAGGAUGCUCAAGAAGGUUGGUGCAUUUUCUAAAGACCCGACACCUGAUACAUGUGUUACUGUUUGUGGUGUUUCUGAGCUCGAUGCUUGUGCUGAUGCGUGUGCUCGGACUGUUUGUGUUAAUCAGCAUCAAGUGCCUAACUGGAACGAUAUCUGUCUUAAGAGGUGUCAAAGCGAGUGUCUUAGGCUCUCACAAUCUUCUGUAGUGUCUUCUUAGCACAUUGCUCUUAACAUUUUGCUUCUAUCAUUUCAAGAAUUCUGGCCUAUUGACAAUCUUCUGAAGUUCAUUAUAUCUGGUAUCUAUUUUGACUAUUCAUCGACAUAAAAAAAAGUUAUAUUUGUCCUUA